AAGAAGGAACAAAACUAAUAACUCUCCUCCUUUAUUUCUGUUGUGUGAUGCUGAUGCAUGCAUGCCUGGUCCUUUGAUCAUGACCACUGACCUCUAUUUGCAUGUCGUUCCUUGUUUAGCACAUGUCUGAUUCUAUUCUCAGUGACAGGUGAAGAGAGGGGAAAAGGUGACAAUUCCUACAUAGUUUUUCUUUUUUCCCUCUUGUAUUGUUCCACCAAUUUUCUCAGUGGUUUAGUAAUGGAGGUUACAGAGGUAUAAAGGGCUAGAGAGAGAGAGAGAGAGAGAGGGGUUUCUUGGAAACUUUUUUUCCAAUUACUGGUUUCGGACUCUUCACAUAAUGGUUGAUUUGACUGUAGCUUUGCCUAGACUGUAUUACAAGCUUUCAAAAGUUCAGCCUCUAAUACUGCAGUGAAGGCUCAAACACAUGUCAGUAGUUUCCUUUCAGUGUAGCUUAAAAGUAAACAGCGGUGGUGAUGAAGAGAUCCAUCCAGAGCAGCUUCUAUUGACUGACAAGCUCUGAUUCUGAUGGCAGAUUCUGGUUCCUCACCAUCCCUUGCAGAAUAUUACAAGAAACCCACGUCAACUUUCUUCAAUAUUCCAAGGCUAUUCACCAAUUUCACUUCAAAAGUGUUGAAUGAAACCGAGGCUAUGAUGAGCCCAACUUCUAUCCUCGACACUAAGCCUUUCAGUGGCUUCAAAAACUCUUUUUGGUCAGAAACAAUUAGCCCCAGAACCACCACCGUUGGUGAACACAAGCGUUAUUGGGAUCAAUUGGAUUCAAAAGGCCUCGUUGAUGCUCUUGUUGAUGACAAACCUGCAGGGGAAAUAACAUCAAAAUCACAAAGCAGGUUGAUUCUAUUUGGAUCUCAGCUUAAGAUUCAGAUUCCUUCCCUGCCUCAUGCAACACUUUCUCCAUCUCGAUCACCUAAGUCCACAGCUGAUUUCGGUAUAAAGGUGAGAAAUUUUCAAUUGGGGAAAUCAGCAUUUGUGUCUGCUACUAAUUCCGCCCUUGAAACCUCCAAAACUCCUAGAGUUCUCAUUGAGUGUCUCUCUGCUAGUGAAAUGGAGCUCUCUGAGGACUACACUCGCGUGAUUUCGCGUGGGCCUAACCCAAGAACUACUCACAUAUUUGAUAACUGCAUAGUUGAGAGUAGCUGCUUUGAUGUUGGAUGCUCUUCUUCUGCCAUGGAAAGUGUGUUUCUUCCUGAUCCCAUCAGCUAUCCCUCUGAGAGCUUCUUGAGCUUCUGUUUUUACUGCAACAAGAAUCUUGGGCAGGGUAUAGACAUCUACAUGUACAGGGGUGAGAGGGCAUUUUGCAGCCAUGAAUGCCGUUAUCAAGGAAUGCUGUUGGAAGAGGGGAUAAGCAAAUUGGAAGCAGGGGAUUUAUAGGGUACGUGGUUGAGUACCUUUCCGUCAAUCUAGCUUGCUUUGCUUCGAAGAGCUUUUAGAACAACUCUGUCAAUUUUAUUAGUUGUCUAGGUUAAUUUCUGGGACAUAAGGUGAUCCUCGAAGAUCCUGGAUCACUGUAGCUGAUUGUUUUUGAAAUCAUGAAUUAGGAGAAUGCAAGGGUUUGUCCCCAGUUUUUGUCCCUCAAUUCAAAGAUAGUAGUGAUAAUGAUCAAUGAUGUAUGACUUAAGCUGACAUUAUCUUUGUUUAUUGAUAUAAAGUAUUCCACAGUAAUAACACUAUAA